AUGUCCAGCCAUAAAGAUAUUAAUGACACCCGCUGCAAUGUGUGUGGACUGAUCCGUCCGUGUCCGUGUGAUGCGGAAAAAUCGAUACAUGAUAUCGGACACAGGGACAAGGGAGUUGACCAACCCAUCAUUAUUAUCAACCACAGAAGAAUGUCUAAAAGAAGGCACUCAUAUCCUGCACCAGGUUUGCACAGCCAUAACGAGGCGGGAGAGGCGCGUGGCCGCCCCUCAAAAGACCAGCAAUCAACCGUCGAGACCUUAACAAGGCAUGCUGACCUUCAAAGGACAUUGGCCGCGACACAGAAAAGCGGGAGAGCCUCGACGUUUCUCAAAGACAUAUUCGCUGCCAAUCCAGAUAACAAAAUGGCUCUGAAACUAUUCGGAAAUAAGGCAGCAGUUCUUAUAGAACAACGUCGACAAGCGCGGAAGGGCAAAGGAGUCAUUCACCCCUUCAGCACAUUUCGCUGGUAUUGGGACAUCUUACUGAUUAUGUUUAUCUCUAUGCAUGUUAUUCUUCUACCUGUUAGUAUCGCUUUCCUAAGCGACGAUCUCUCGCUACAUUGGCUCAUCCUCAACGGUAUCUCUGAUUGCAUUUUCCUCAUAGACAUUUUUUUAAAUUUUAAAACUGGUUUUAUUGAUCCCAACAAUAAUGAUGAAGUUAUUUUAGACAAAAAGAUUAUUCGCCGGAAGUACGUGCGUAGUUGGUUUGUCAUCGAUCUGGUUUCGUCACUUCCUUUUGACUACGCCUACUUUAUAGCUUCAUCCUCGUCCACACAGCAAACGCUGAUUAAGGCAUCGCGGGCUCUUCGUAUCCUCAAACUUGCUAAGUUGUUGAGUCUUCUCCGACUUCUUCGAGUCUCAAGAUUAGUGCGAUACAUCAAGAGAUUUGAGGAGUUGCUGAAUAUAUCUAGUGGUCAGAUUCGUAUCUUGAAGCUGAUUGGCUCCAUGCUGUUGUUGUCUCAUUGGAAUGGCUGUGUCCAGUUUCUUGUCCCGUAUCUGCUGGAAUUCCCAGAAAACAGCUGGGUCGUCAUCAAUGGAUUAGAGGACCAGCCCCCAGCCAUGCAGUAUAGCUGGGCGCUGUUCAAUGCCAUGUCCCAUAUGCUCUGUAUUGGCUACGGACGGUAUCCACCUCAGGCCAUCACUGAAUUGUGGAUCACGCUGUGCAGUAUGACCAUAGGCGCGACCUUCUAUGCAGUCUUCAUCGGCAUCAUGUCCAGUUUAAUAAUGUCUAUUGAUUCGUCAGGACGGCUUUACAACGAAAAGUUGAGUCAAGUGAAGGAGUAUAUGCGAUACCGGAAACUGCCGCUGCGCAUUCGUCUUAAAGUGGAGGACUAUUACGAACAUCGUUUCCACCACAAACUAUUUGAUGAGGAUAUGAUACUCAGCGAACUCUCCAAAGCACUGAGAGUGGAUAUUUUGGUUCACAACGUUAGCACAUUGCUUCAAACAGUACCCUUUUUCAGUAACGCCAGUAGUCAGUUCAUCGAGGAUAUCGUUGGCAAACUGCGAUUCGAGGUGUAUUUGACUGGUGAAUAUAUUUGUAAGAGUGGACGCAAAGGAGAUAAGAUGUACUUUAUUCAAAGGGGAAUUGUCGAUGUUCUGACAAAAGACGGUACUUUAGCCACCAGCCUCGGGGACGGUUCACACUUUGGGGAAAUAUGCCUCUUAACGCGAGAAGCACGCAGAGUAGCCUCUGUCCGAGCUGCGACUACCUGCAAUCUGUACUCGUUGUCCUCCCUACAUUUCCAUGAGGUACUUCAGGAGUAUCCAGAUAUGAAGCUCAUGCUGGAGGAGGUCGCAAAAGAGAGACUCAGUCGCAUAGGGCUUGAGCCGACCCUAAAUGAGCCGCUGACAAUGGAGAAAGAAACAGAGAGGGCACUAUUCAAAGCUCUUAAGCUUCAUCCUAUCCAAAAAGAACCGUCUACUUCCAAGAAGACUACUCCUCUUCCGCAGUGCAAAAAGGCUGUCACGGAAAAGGAGGUUACCACGGCUUCAGAUGCACCACAGGUUACCAAUGUAGUAGCUGUUCGAAAGCGUGCCGCGUCUUUACCAGCUGCGCCAAUGGAUACCCCUCCUUCAGCUGGUUCAUGGGUUGCCUCUUCGUCUAACAACCAACAGUCUGAGGACACAUCUCCACCACGAACCGACAGCCCUUUGCCCAAGAACAAGGGGAAGAUUCCUCCAUUCCUAACAAAAGCGUUCUUUAACACUGUUGCACCGGGAUUGUCGCUUUUCGCGCAAACGCAGGAGCCUGGAUUGGACGUCGUUGUCGAGGAGUACAGUGACGAAGAAGACCCGGAUGUGAUCGCAAUCAUGGCAGACUUUUAA